UUGGUUCAAAGAAACGGUGGAGUCAUAGAGGCCUAGAUCUAUGCUACUGCUAGAGUUUCCAUAUUUUAGUGGUUUGGUAACCCCUCUCUACCGGUCCUUCAGUCACCAGAAGAGACGACAGCCUGCUUUUGAAGAUCCUCUUGAGUGGUGUUGAUUGUGCCAGCAAAGUGGAUAUACCUUCAAAGUCGAAUACCUAUUUGUUCUGAUAAUUUUUUAGAACCCGGUCCAUUAGUCAUCGUUUUCAGUCACAUGACAUGAUGACAGCCAGCUACUGCAAGAUAAGCAUCUUGAGACUUUGUAGAGUUCAUCCUAAGUGUUUGAGAGGAUGCUCUGCCUCUGCUGUAGCAUUUAGUCCAGUUCAUGCACACUACUGCACCAGUUGUGUCGUGCCUGUGGUGGACAGAGACACAUAUUCGCAGGCUUUUGGUAAUUCAUCCUUUAGCUUGAAGUCUUAUUCUUCAAAUACCCGCGUGCCUCUGUCAUAUGUAAAUUCACAGUUGCCUAAAAAAAUACAUGUUGGUAUAAAGAGAGAAACUUUGACUACUGUGAAAAUUAGGAAUCAGUAUUCUAUUUUCAGACUUUGUAGACCAGUGUUAUUGACAAAUCAGUGUCCAACUUCAUUACACCACAACCAAGGAUCUACACGUAAAAUAAGCAAUAUGGCAGCUGAUGGAAUCAAGCUUUCGUGGAAUGUGAAAAAGGAGCAAAUUGAAAAGGACACUGAUGUUUUGAUGGAGAGAGUGAAGACUGUGUAUGAUAGUGUUGGCGCUGUCAAGGAUGAUCAAGUGACCUUUGAUAAUGUGGUUAAGGCAGCUGCUGACUGCGACUGCUGGUAUGCGGUAGAAAGGAACAACAUUGAUUUCUUUCAACACGUUUCACCAAGUAAAGAAUUGAGAGACGCAAGUGUUGCUGCUGACAAGAAGCUUUCAGAGUUUGAUGUGGAGCUGAGUAUGCGACAAGAUGUUUUUGAUUCAUUUGUGGCUGUGGAGAAAUUGCCAGAUUUCAAGUCAUGGAAACCUGAAUCAAGACGCUUUGUGGAAAGAGUUAUUAAAAUUGGAAAAAGGAAUGGCUUACAUCUUCCAACAGAAAUUCAAGAACAAAUAAAAGGAAUAAAAAAACGCAUGAGUGACCUCUCCAUUGAUUUUAGCACCAAUCUGAAUGAGGAGAGUACCACCAUUGAAUUCAAGGAGGAGGAACUUGUUGGACUCCCUGAGGAUUUUGUCAAGAGUCUUGAAAAGGGAUCCGAUGGCAAGCUGAAAGUGACUUUGAAAUACCCCCAUUACUUCCCAUGCAUGAAGAAAGCAAGAAAUCCAGAGACCAGAAAGAUAAUGGAAACUGCUUUCAACUCAAGAUGUAUGAAAGAAAACACACGUAUACUAGAGGAUCUUGUCCGCCUGCGGGAUGAGAAAGCAAAGUUGCUUGGCUACCCAACUCAUGCUCACUAUAUACUGGAGAUGCGCAUGGCAAAGAAACCUGAGAUUGUGGCUGAGUUUUUGUCAUCAUUAAAGGACAAGCUGCAAGCACUGAAGAAAGAGGAGUUGGACUUGUUUCGGCAGUACAAGAAGGAGGAGUGUGAAAAGUACGGAUUCCCUGACGAUGGUCAGAUCAAUAACUGGGAUCUCCGGUACUUCAUGAACAUGGCAGAAGAAAAGAAGUACGCUGUUGAUCAGCAAAAGCUGAAGGAGUAUUUCCCCAUGACUGUUGUGACCAAAGGGUUGUUGAAAAUAUAUCAGGACUUGCUUGGACUUGUGUUCACCCAGAUUAAGACAACUGAUGUUUGGCAUGAAGAUGUUACCCUAUACAGCGUCAAAGACAAAAAGACGGAAGAGAUCAUUGGUUACUUCUAUCUAGACCUGCAUCCACGAGAGGGAAAAUAUGGUCAUGCUGCAUGUUUUGGCCUUCAGCCCGGCUGUUUGUCAGCCGAUGGGUCUCGACAGGUUUCUGUGGCAGCCAUGGUCGCCAACUUCACGAAACCGACUGCAGAACAACCAUCACUGCUGACUCACGAUGAGGUUGAAACAUACUUCCAUGAGUUUGGACAUGUCAUGCAUCAGAUCUGCGCCAAAACCGACUAUGCUUUGUUCAGUGGGACGAAUGUGGAAAGAGACUUUGUGGAGGCGCCAUCGCAGAUGCUUGAGAACUGGGUGUGGGAGAGGGAGCCCCUUCUGCGCAUGUCUUCACACUACAAGGAUGAAUCGGCCAUUCCAGAUGACCUGCUGGAGAAGCUUACCCUCAGUCGUCAGGCCAACGCCGGUGUGUUCAAUCUCAGGCAGAUCACUCUGGGAACGUUUGACCAGAGGAUACACACCCGCUCAGAGGCCAACACUGCUGCUGUAUAUUCUGAAACAUGCAGCGAUAUUUUGGGAAUUCCUGCAACAAAAGGCACCAACAUGGCUGCUACAUUUGGCCAUCUGGGUGGUGGCUAUGAUGCGCAGUAUUAUGGUUACAUGUGGAGUGAAGUUUUCUGCAUGGACAUGUUUGCCUCAAAGUUCAAGAAAGAAGGUGUUAUGAACCCAGAGGUUGGGGAUCUGUACAGGAGGUGUAUUUUGCAGCCAGGAGGUUCUCUGGAUGCUGAUGAGAUGCUGAGAAACUUCCUUGGCAGAGAGCCUCAGCAGGAGGCCUUCUUGGCCAGCAAAGGCCUGAAAGCAUAAAUUCUUGAUCAAUACUUUUGUAUCUCUCCCUACCAAGAGAAUACAUAUGUAAUGCUGGUAGUGUCACAUUUGCCUCUGAAGCGUACAUACAGAAAAUAUUAAACAGUUGAAAUUUGCUGUUUAUGAUAAAUCCAAUGUAUGAUAAUGCUAUUCUGUUUUAUUGUAGGUGGUUUAUGUUCUCUGUGAAAUGAAAUAUAAGUUUUCACCGUGUUGUGUAUUCAGUUUUCAAGUACAGGUACUCGUCCUUUGUCCUUGGCGAGAAGGCAGCAUUAAGUUGUGUAGUAACACGUAUGUUUGUGUAACAGCUGGCGAAUGUGGCCUGUAUGGUGGGACUUUGCUCUACAUGUUCUGCUUCAUUCCAGCUGGAGAAAAAUUGGUUAUGUUGAUUUUUGCUUCAUCAGAUGACUAUUUUUCCCAUGUCAUGUACUUUUGCGGUCAGUUGAAGGUUAAAAAACAUGUUUUCAAUGUUUUAGAUUAAGAAAUGUUUAGGUCCUUGUUUGAUGGUCAGACCACUGUUUGGUAAAGAUUAUCUCUCAUCUAUUUGAAAGCUUCUCCUUUACGUAUUGGAAAAUUUGUGGACCAAAGGUACUAAACUUGUAUAAUUAUUUGAAACACCAAAGCUCAUUUCAUGAAAUAUGAUGUAUACAGCUUUACUCAGAUUUUGAAAUUAUACAAAUAUAGUAUGGAGUGCAUUUUACAGAGAAAGGAGUUAUGCAUCGGACUUUCCCAUCAUGGCUGCUCUGUUUAAGAACAUUUUUGGUGCAUUUAAUAAUUUGUUGCUUGCUGGAAUCAAAUGGUCUGUUUUAGCGUUAGAUUUUGGUGUUUAUUUGUUGUGGGUUUGGUGGCUUUUUUUGUCAGCCUUAUUGAUCCUUUUUAAUGGUAUAGGGAGGGUGAAAGUUGUUUAUUUUUUUCUUGCACUUCAGUAAUUUAAAAAUAUUUUUUGUUUCUCUUUUUUUGUCUAGGGUUUGUUUGAAAAUUACUAUAUUUCUGAUUCACAGAGUUUCUACAAUGCAUGAAUGAAACACCAAUCACUGUUAACCUUAAGUAAUCAAACGAGACAGCGUGAAUGAAUGUGAUUCUUUUUUACAUCAGCAGAAUAAAUGUCAUAUUGGCAAACAUGACGAGACUUAUUUAA